GUCUUCGUGCCGAGAUAUAUAUGUAUAUAAAUUCUGGAUCGUGUUUCUGCAUGGUCGCGUGCGCUAGUGACAAGUAGAUUGGAUUAACCGUUGCAAGUGAUAGCUAGGGGAGACUACUUAACAUAUAAUAAGGUCUAGUAGCCAAAAAACGCAGACGUCAUACAACAGAAUGAGACAACAUGUAUUCCGGAAUCUCAAAAUUGGGACUAGGACAUUAGCGCUUGUGGAAUGUCACCAUUGAAUGCCAGCCAUGCCAUUCAGAAACUGCAUCAUUCAUCAAGAGGCCCGAACAAGACACUGGACCCAAAACACCACUAUGGAAGAAAAACUUUAUGGAGAGCAGCCUGAUCUGGAAACUACUGCGCAGCUAACCUCAGAUAUUGGUCUAGUCUUCUGAACUCUCCAACAUAACAAUGAGAACGAAGAAGAAAUAAUUCAACCGCGACGAAAACAUGUGGAUUACUUUACAAUCAUUAACGUACGUUUUAACAUAAGAUGAAACCUAUCUUAUCGAUCAAUGUAAGAAACAAGACUAUAUUCAGUGUCUUGAGUUGUGAUUUGAAAGCAUGAGUUGUCUUUAUUUGCAAGGCACAUUUUGUUAUAUAGGCCUGGUGCCCAUUUUAUUUUCGCUUCUUUCUCUUGUAGACGGAGCCAAAAACUAUUCAGUUGACUUACAGGGACCUGGGUGUGACACAGUGGAUGGCUAUUUUCUUAAGGACAAGAAUGACACAGCUGUCGUGUUUUCACUGCCGCUAAGCAAUGCCAUGCCUGGCCGUGACCGCUGUGAGGUUUUAGUGAAAACUGACGUCACUCGCAAGAUUCAGUAUGUUCUAGAGAGCAUCAAAUUUAACGAAUGUGGUAUUGACAUCUACAUCAGCGAUGACAAAAACACCAAUCAUCAUUUUCAAUGUUCGAAUGCAAACAUUGGACCUGUGUUUGGUAAAUCAACAGAGAACUACUUACGUGUAAGAACUAGACUUGCAACAUCAGGGACCAGACAUUUUGAAUUCAAAAUGCAACUGAAGAAUGAUCUUGGUCCUGCACUUUAUGUUGAGCAAACAACAAUAAAAGCUACAUCUUCAUUUAGUAAGCUAGCGGCAAAUCGGCAACAAAUUAUGAUUCUGAUUUUGAUCACCUGGUUCUAUGUAUAAAGUAUCAUUUUGUUGCGGCACCACUUUUUGAAACUUGUUCAGUUACAAGCCAUGCACGUCACGUGAACCAUUCAAUACAGGAAGUGAGCGUUAAUUGUGUGUGUGUAUGAUUGAAAAAAAAACAACUUUCACCAAGCAGAAGAGGGAAGCCCAGUCAUGAGCUCAGUUGAAGAGAACAGUUUAUUUAGAGAAGAAGAAAUUAGAAACGGUUCUGGGCAAGUUGGCUGGACUUGAUGAGAAGAUGUAAUGAGCAUUUGUUAAAGACAACACUGUCCUGGGAAAACAAAACAAAAAUUGUUUUUGUAAUUUAAAAAAAAAAUAAACCUGGAAAAUCAAA